CCCCGAAUCUUCGGAUGGAGGAUAUAUAAAGCGGAAGGCGUGCACGAGAUCUUAAGUCAGUGCAGUGAGAAGCUUCCGAGCAGCAGCUAGCACAAAUAAUAUCUAUUUUUCAACAUGAACUAUUUGGCAAUCGCUUUGUUCGCUCUCGUGGCGGUGACGGCGGCGUUGACGGCUCCGCCCGUUGACCAUACCCCGCCGGUCCCCAUCGUCAAGUUGUCCCACACUGGACCGAGUCCCGACGGCUCCUACAGCUACAGCUACGAGACCGGUAACGGCAUCCAGGCCGAGGAGGAGGGCCACCUCAAUCACGCAGGCACCGACGAGGAGGCCAUCGAAGCCCGGGGCAGCUUCAGCUACACCGGCGACGACGGUCAAGUGUACCAGGUGACGUACGUGGCCAACGAGAACGGGUUCCAACCGGAGGGCGCUCACCUGCCCCAGGUACCGCCCCUGAUCCAGAAGGCCCUCAAGUACAUCGCCGAGCACCCCGAGGAGAAUGAUUCGCACUAAGGGACAGGACGACGUUUGUUCGACGGAUAGACGGAUGAAGAAUCGAAGACGAGGAGAGUCUCGGGGGAGGAAGUGAGAUCGGGAACGGUCGAGCGCGAACCCGAUCGCGUGUGAUCGACGAAGAUCUCGAUGUCCGCGUAGAUGACGAGUCUUGGGGCUCGUGUCCGUCCUCCCCUGGCAGCUGGACAAAGUUCUGCGAUACGUUGCUGCGCUCGAAUCUGUAAUAUUUUUUUUCCUUUCUGUGUGUAUCUCUCUCUCUCUCUCUCUCUCUCUCUCUCUCUCUCUCUCUCUC